CUUCAAACCCUUCGUUUCCUUCGCCGUCUCAAGUCGCCAAACAUUGCCAUGGCCAACUGCACGUCAGAUCUCCACUUGCCUGCCUUCUUCUUUCACGGACUCACAGGCGAUCCGACUAAUGCAGUCAACUACGAGCAAGUGUUCGCCGCCAACGACCGAGCGCUUGUGGCGCUGAGUUUUGCGCCAGGUGCAGAGUCGGUGGCGGCACUGCCUACUCAAAUCCCUAAGGCUAUCGCGCAGAUCCGUGAAGUAGUUGCUAGCGACAAAAGAUUCCAAAACGGUUAUGUCUUCAUUGGUCAUUCGUUAGGGGGCAUAAUGGCUCGAUCUGUCAUCGAGGAGAUGGAUGACCACCAAGUGCACACGCUCAUCAGCUUGGCCGCACCUCAUAGCGGUCUCUUCUACGGACCACAACCCGAGGACACUAUUCCGAUGCAAGUGCUGUGCACGAUGGCCAACUACGAGUUGCAGAUGUUCCCGACUGACAUCUUUGACUUUGCAACGUAUCAAAACGCAAGUAACCCCGCUGGGCUUCGUGGUCAGGCGCAACGUGCGUUCGCGGAGCUCAGCGUCAACAGACCGGAGUUGCAUGAGCAGUUCGCGUUCGUCAACCUUGGGAGGUUCCCAGCGGACGAGAUCUUGCUGGAGUCCAACCCAUUCCUACCGGCGAUUAACAACGUCAACAAGGUCGAUUCUGAUGAUGCCCAAGCUCUCAAAGAGCAGAAGCGACGCAAGCAGAACUUUCUCAGACUCCAAGCUGCUCAUUUCUACGGAUCACCAGACGACAAAGCCGCUGCUCCAUGGCAGACAUCGUUCUUUGGGCGAUACAGCAACGUCGAUUCUUUGGAAGAAAUCGAGACCAAGUUUGAGAACCUCACGAUUGUCGAAGGUCGCGACACGGAAGAGUUCAAGAGCGAUACGUUUGGGUUGAAGACGCUGGAUGAGCGUGGCGGGCUGUUCUUCCACGAGGUCGCUGACGUGCCGCAUACUUGUUGGAUUGCAGAUUGGCCACUGCUAGAUGACCCAACUAAGACGUGCACCUUUCAAGACGUCUUCGACAAGUUCAUCUUUCCAGCUUUGCCGUAG